AUGGCCGACGACAGCAAAGGCGCCCGAAUCGCGAUAAAGUUCGGCGCCUCGUCGUCCUCCACCAAGACGCCCGCGUCGACCCUCGGCAAGCGCCCGCGCGCCGCCGCCGCCGCCGCCGCCGCAUCCUCCUCGUCGCGCGCCGCCUUUGGCGGUGACUCCGACUCCGACUCCGACCACGGCCGGCACGAGGCCAUCACCGGCUUCGGCGUCGACGGCGCCGAGACGAAGCGCCGAAAGGAGGCGGUCACUCAGAAGGAGUACGUUAUCGCGCGACAGCCGAACCGCGACUGGCGCGACGAGGUCAGGGAGCAGCGCCGCGCCCGGCGAGCCAGGAACCCGCCCCCCGGGGAGGCCGCGCAGGACGGCACGGCGGACAGGGCGCCGGCGGACCAGGACUCGAACAUCCGGUGGGGGCUGACGGUCAAGGAGAGGAAGAAUACCGCAGCCGACGACGACGACGAUGACGACGACGACGACGACGCUGACAACGCAAAUACGGCCGACAACGCUGACAGAGCCGACGAUGCACAGGGGACCGCCGCGCCGCGCUCCGCGGACGACGAGGCCAUGGACGCGCUGCUCGGCAAGCGCCGCGCCGCCGAGGCCAAGACCAUCGUCGCCGCGACCGAGGACGACGCCUACGCGCGGGACGUCUCCGCCGCGGGCGCCGCCCCCACGCUCGCCGACUACGACGCGAUGCCCGUCGAGGAGUUUGGCGCCGCGCUGCUGCGCGGCAUGGGCUGGGACGGCACCACCCGGGGCGGCUCCAAGCCCCCGAAGCGGCGGCAGAACAGGCUCGGGCUGGGCGCGAAGGAGCUCGACGACGCGGAGGAGCUGGGCCUGUGGGACCAAAGGGGCGGGAGGAGGAAGAGGCCGCCGACGCUGGCGGAUCAUAGACGGGAGGAGGAGAGGAAGAAGGAGGAGCGCAGGGCACGGGCGGGCGGGGAGGGCUACAGGCGGGGGAGGGAGAGGGAGCGCGAGGGGGAGAGGAGGGCGGGGAGGGCUACAGGCGGGAGAGGGAGAGGGAGCGCGAGGGGGAGAGGAGAGGGCACGGGGGGGAUAGGCACAGGCGUGAAGAGAGGGAUAGGGAUCGCCAUCGUGGGUACGAUCGAGACCGCAGGCGAUAACGAGGUUGAAGAGCAAAAACAGCAUUCAUUGGCGUUUGAGGGGUUUUAUAGGUUACACUACACACGUUGGUUUACAACAGCGCACGCCAGAUAUCAAAACAGGGUAUCAAAUACCACCAUGUUGUGUUAA